UAUUCCUCCCGUUCGCGUUCAGGACGGUCCGUGCACGCUUGCGGUGCAGCAGCAGUUGCUGGCAGGGAGGGGACUGAGGCCUACAAUGGAUGCGGAGAAGCUCAUCUCGGCUUUGAAGAAUGUCAACGCUACUCGAUACCUCAGUGCGGCAGGCCUUGUCGCACUGCUAUAUGAUCACCUUCUCACGAUCAACGACGAGAUCGAGCUUAUUUGGCGCGCCCGUAAUACGCUCCCAAAGACCCUAUUUCUCAUCAAUCGUUACCUUGUUCCCAUUCUCAUGCUUGUCACUAUCUAUCCUCUUGCAGCCCUUUCACCAGGGCCAUCGGAUGCUGUUUGCAAAACGUGGUUUACGAUCGCAAUUAUUCUCGGUAUGAUUUCUAUCGCGAACGGGCACUUCAUCGUUCUUUUACGGCUCUGGAUUCUUUGGAAUAAGCAGCCGCGUCUCGUUUGCGCCUCGCUUGCAGUCUUCGUCAUCUCCCAGCUCGGUACAUUCGCGAUGGUCACCUGGGUCGCAGUGCAGAUGCGUCCGGUUUUAGAGUACAAUGCUACUUUACGCAUAUGCUCCCUGACACGAAAAGUCCACAUCGAGGGUCUCUGGGCGCCUGGGGUUUUCUUUGAAGUCGUCGUUUUUGUGACGGUCUGUUGGAACGCGAUGGCGCGUCCACGGGAGUCUGACCAGGCUCUUACGCGCGUGCUUUACCGCGAUGGUCUCGUCUUUGUAUUCG